ACUAAAAGAAGGAGGAGUUAGAGAAAAAAAGCUAGUGAAAUGGAGAAAGAAGAGGAAGUGAGGCUUCUAGGUUUUUGGGCAAGCCCUUUCACAUGUCGGGUCAAGAUGGCUCUCAAACUCAAAGGUGUACCAUACGAGUACUUGGAAGAAGAUUUGAUGAACAAGAGUCCUUUGCUUCUUGAGCUUAACCCGGUUCACAAGAAGGUCCCGGUUCUUGUCCACAAUGGUAAACCGAUACUCGAGUCAAAUCUGAUACUCGAAUACAUCGACCAAACAUGGACAAACAAUCCAAUUCUACCUCAAGAUCCGUACGAUAAAGCCAUGGCUCGGCUCUUGGCCAAAUUCGUUGAUGAACAAGUCGCACCAGCAGGGUUCAGGUCUUUAGUGAAAGCCGAGAAAGGAAUAGAGGUUGCAAUUGAAGAGGCUCGAGAACUAAUUAUGUUUCUUGAGAAGGAAGUCACCGGAAAAGAUUUCUAUGGAGGCAAGACUAUCGGUUUCUUGGACAUGAUUGUCGGAAGUAUGAUUCCGUAUUGUGGAGUUCGAGCAUGGGAAUUUAUGGGUAUUGAUAUGAUUCCGGAGGAGAAGUUUCCAGCAUUAAAUAGAUGGAUCAAGAAGUUGAAUGAGGGUGAGAUCGUGAGGGAAUGUGUACCUCCAAGAGAGGAACAUAUUAAGCACUUGAAAAGAAAUGAAGAGAGAGUUAAAUCGGCCUAUAAGAGACAAACAUAAAUACUCGUUGAUUCAUAUAUGUUUGUAUGAUUGUAUCCCCUUUUUAUUUAAAAGUUUUAUGAACGAUUUAACUAAAUAAGGAUGGGCAAAUAUGCGUGGAGUUAGUAGAGUA